AUGGGAGGGAGCGCGUCGUGCCGCCGGUAUCGUGAGUGCGGCCAUCGAGAGGGCGCGAGGGCCGCCAACAUCGGCUUUAUAGAGAAGAAAGAGAACCAGCUAAUGGAAGAUACAGCAGAAGAGUACUACUAUGAGUUGAUAUCAAGGAACCUCCUCAUACCAGAUCAUGUCUAUGUUGACCAACAAUGGUGCAAAAUGCAUGAUCUAUUAAGGCAGCUUGCCCAUCAUUUAUCAAAGAGGAUUGUUUACUCGGAGACCCACAGUUGCUGGAAAGUACAAUUGUAUCUAAACUACGACCAUUGUGGCGAUUUGCACAACCUUCCAUUAACAGUCACUCGAUUAUGUAGUCUAAGGCGUCUAGGUCUUAAUAACACACCAAUAAACCAAGUUCCAAAAGGAAUAGGCAGAUUAAAGUCUCUCAAUGAUUUGCGAGGAUUUCCUAUUGGUGGUGGCAAUGCUAAUAGUGCUAGAAUGCUAGAUGGAUGGAACCUGGAAGAGUUGGGCCCUCUUAUGCAGUUGAGGAGCCUUGAAUUGAUUAAUCUGGAUAGAGCAGGUCCUUGUAGUACUGAUUCGCUAUUUAUAAACAAAAGGUAUCUCGAAAGGUUAUCUCUAUGGUCCACUGAAAGUACAGACGAACCAUAUUUUGAAGGUGUCGUAAUCAAUAUUGAGAAGACUUUUGAUUUGCUAAUCCCUACGCACAACUUGGAGGAUCUCAGUUUUUGUAAUUUCUUUGGUCGGAGGUUUGCUACCUGGCUAGGCACUGCUGCCCAUUUGCCUUCACUGACAUAUUUGAACCUCAUUGAUUGCAAAUCAUGUUUGAAUCUUCCACCAAUCUGUCAGCUCCCCAACUUGAAAUAUCUACAAAUCAAGGGAGCCACUGCAGUCACCAAGAUUGGACUCGAAUUUGUUGGCUAUGGCGUGGGUAAUCUCAGAUCUACGGAGGCAGUAGCAUUCCCCAAGCUUGAAACCUUGAUCAUCAGGGAUAUGCCCAACUGGGAGGAGUGGUCCUUUGUUGCUGAAGAAGAAGAACAAGAAGCAACACCAGCAGGUAAGGAAAGGGUAGAGGAUGAGGCUGCUGCAAAUCAAAAGGAGGACGCCCCACCUCCAAGGACGCAGCUGCUGCCACGACUGAAGAAGAUGGAGCUUGACCGCUGCCCCAAGCUGAGAGCUCUCCCACAGCAGCUUGGACAGCAGGCCACCAGCUUGAAGGAGCUCCAAUUAAGAGAUGUGCACAGCCUUAAUGUGGUGGAGAACCUCUGUUUCCUCUCAGAGGUCCUUGUAAUCACAUAUUGUGGAGGUCUAGAGAGGGUCUCAAAUCUUCCCCAAGUGAGACUGCUGCGUGUACAGCGGUGCCCCAACUUGAGGUGUGUUGAGAGAUUGGACAACUUGCACCAGCUGUUCCGGACAGAGGAUAUGGAAGGUGCCUCCUCAUCACGGUGGCUUCCUGGGCUCCAAGAGCAGCACCGACAGCUGCUGCACGGAGAGGACCUGGAUGUUUACACUGGGAUGUCUACACAUAGACGUCUGGACCAAGCUGGGCAGGACAGGGCAGGCAAGCUAGCCAAUCUCAAUCCUGGAAGUGGCAAGCUGAUGCAGGGAGUGGCAGAUUGUUGUGCUCUGGUUCACAAAGAAGGACAAGGUGCCUGGCUGAUGAAGAGCCUACACAUGAACCGAUGGACGUCUGGAUUAGGCUGGGCAAGAGCAGGACAUGGGCAGGCAGGCUAA